AUGAAGAAGGGACGCAACGGGAAGAGCGGCAAGAAGACUACUGACAACGCUGCGGACAUGAACGUACCAGACAUGCCUGAGAAGGAGUCCGCCGACGCUGGGAAGCCACUCUCAAGUCCUGCUUCUGCGACGCUGGUCGGUCCCUUCGAAGCUCUUCCAGAGCUGCCGGUCGAGGGUGAUCAGGAUGGUGCUUCCGUUAAGGAGAAAACCGAAGGGGAAAAGAAGGUUGCUAAAGGAGCAGCACAAGUGGAGACUGAUGCGGACGACACCGAGGCUGUUGGUGCUGAUGUGCAACCGGCAGAUGACUUUGACGACGAGGACAACGGUUACCUGAGUGACGCGUCUGAUGAACACCUGGAGCCGGACUCGCUUAACAGUAUUCUUGCUCUGAAGCGUUUUUCACUAACCUUAUUGAAGGAGCUGUUAUCGUCCGAGGUGCUUUUAACCACCACGUACCAAGACCUCUCGCCAAUGUAUUUCUCCGGCGAACGCUAUGGUCGGCUGCAAGUUACCUUUCACCAAGUGCGGGAUGCAAACUUCGUCUGGAGCCAGGUCAUCCGUCAUGAGUGUGUCAACGGCGACUUCAUUGACCUCACUUGGCAGCACCCGGAGGAUGCGCGUUUUCUGCGCGAGCGUGUGCUGAACCCCACGGCUAAGGAGGUCGUGAUCAAAGGUGUGCCGGCGGAAAUUUCGGCGGAACUGAUUCGCCGCCUGCUGGUGGUGUCGAAGCUGGUCAUACGGGGAAAAACUCUCUGCUCCUUCUUCCCCACAGCCGCGGCCUUGAAAGCCUCAGAUCUGCUGAAGAGCAUCAUGCGGGACCCCGCUAUCAUUCUCACCUCCACUGGAGGCGCGCGGGAGGAAUGGGUCUGUGUUCAGUCAGCUUGCGAGAAGGCGCAGGGGAGCCGUUUCGAGCAGGCGUCGGCUCACAUUGCUUCGGCCCAUCACAAGGGGGGGUUGCGGAAGGAAGGCUCGGCAACGCGCGCAAGCGUGUUCUCCCAGAAGCUGCAGGCCUUCAAGAAGGAGUUCAUUACGAAACCUGCGAAGGAGGAGAGGAAAAGGGAGACGGCGACUAGGCUACACCUUACCAACGAGGUAGAGCGGCUCAGAGCUCGGGUGUCGCGCUACCCGCACUGUCAGAGAACGGGUCGGAUCCUUCUUAGGAAGGAGGAGCUGCUGGAGGCGUACGAGAAAAGUCACAAAGAAAAACUGCAGACAUGGGCAGGCGUUGAAGCAGAGCUGGACGGGGAGGUGGUGUCGGGUAUCCUGUCGGCGCAAAUCAAAACUCGCAAGGCUAUGACAGCGAUCCGUGAAGUGUCAAGGAAUGGGACUGUCCUCACAUGGGUGAAGGAGGUUCUCUCGGCGGCGACAGACCAUUUCCGCGAGGCUUUUGGCUGUUCUGGCGGGGGUGCUGUACCUGGCACAGAUGACCGUCCCAUGCUGCGACGGCUGGGGGAAGAGAGCAGGAGGUCGCUAAGCGCGCCCUGGACGGAGGAAGAGGUGCGGAAGGCAGUGCGUGAGCUUGCCCCGGGGAAGUCGCCGGGAGCGGAUGGCCUGCCCAAGGAGCUCUUCGAUUACAACUGGGACUUGCUGGGGCCGAUACUGAUGGACCUGGUGGGGAGGUUUACGAGGGGAGAUGAUCUGCCGCAAAAUAUCACAACAGCGGUGACCAUUCUGCUACACAAAAAGGGUGACAAGGGCGAUCUUGGGAACUACCGGCCGAUAACGCUCCUAAGCACCGUUUAUAAAAUCGUGGCAAAGGUGAUGGCAAGUAGGCUCAAGAAAGUUUUGCAUGAGGUCAUCUCAGAGGACCAGUACGGAUUCAUACCUGAUCGUCAACUAGCGGAUGCGGUGGCGGUGGUGGCAGACGCCAUAGAAGCGGGGGCAAACGGGAAUGAAGACUGGUUUCUGCUGAUGAUUGACUUCCAGAAGGCGUUUGACUCGAUCUCGCGCGACUUCCUUUUCAGCACGUUACGGAAGCUGGGAUUACCGGAGGAGUUUGUGUCCUGGACGGAGGGGCUACACAGGGAAGCAGGAACAUGUUUGCACAUUAACGGAUGGACGGGAGAAAAAGUAGCGGUGGAAAAGGGGGUGCGUCAAGGGUGUCCGCUGGCGCCGUACCUGUUCCUUUGUGCGGUGGAGCCUUUGUGCCAAGAGGGGGGUCGAAAAGAGGGGCGUGGGUAA